UCAGCACAGACACAUAGUAUCACUCUGAUCCAUCCUGGAAGCCCCGCAGAGGAAAUGGAAAGACCAGCAAUUUUGUAUCCCCAGACUGUUGCAUCGGCUGCGUGGGCACUGACGGCUCAUCAGCAUGAAGGGUCAGUCUGGACACAGACAUGGAAAUCGGGGAAAAAAAACGGCAAGAAAAGCUGCUUCCACUGACCUUUCUGCUGGUGAACCAGUCAUCGGUAAGGUCUUAGAAAUCACAGAACUGCCAGACGGGAUAAGUCGCAAAGAUGCAGAAAUGCUUUUUGGUGAACUCUUUAAAGUAGGUGCUAAAAUCCGGUGGCUCCGGGACCCCCACUCGCAGCAGACACCGCACCAACAGCAACAUAACCAACACUACUGCAGCAGUGGAGACAACCACACGAGUUCCGAACAGCCCAACCCUUCCACAGACUUGGCCUCUACUUACACCAUCGUCGCCACCUUCCCCACAGUGUCCGCCGCACAGAUUGCACUGAAGAAACACAAUAAUUUAAUGAACAAGUUUAGACUGAGAACAAGCAGAAAGCCCUACGACCUUCACAUCCUAGAAAGAGCAAGCUCUCAAUAGAACGGAGAGGGAGGCCUGGUCACCAGGGGGUCGGCCUCCCCCCUCAGUCACCACCAACGAUUGAAAAGUGCUUCUCUUCUGUACAGAGACAACACUGUUGAUUUCGAACGAUCAUGACCUACUAAACUGAAGACCAUCCUAUGGAACCGGCAUAGAAGAAAAUCGAACAGCAGGAUUGAACCCUCUCCCCUUCCCCUUUUAUAGUCUGUUUGUUUUAUAUUUAUAUUUCUGUAUUGGACCCAAACUUCUCUUGUACAGAGGAAAAAUUGUUGUUCAUACUGAAUGCCCAUGAUGGAAAAAGAAAAAAAGAAGGAAAAAAAGAGAGAAAAAAAAAAACAAAACAAAAAAACCAAGUCUGUGUUUUCUACUCCUUUUCUUUUUUUCAAAGCCAGCACUUUGCCAUCCAUUUUCCUAGAACAGGGUGGGGAAACUUAAACGCUGCACUAAAAAAUGAAAUAAAUAAAAAGAUUCUAUAUACAAUACAUAGAAAUAUAUAUUAUAAUAAUUAUAGACCUACUACUGUUUGGAAGAGACAUCUAGUUCUGUUCCCCUGAUGUCCAAGGGGAUGCCGUUAAAACUACUGGUUCUCUUCACCAUGCCCUUCAGAAGUUCUAUAAUUUAAGGCUUUGUGAAAAUUCAUUGUAAAUAAAUUAUGUUUCUCACUAAA